AUGGACCCGGAGAUUUGGGACCAGGUCGCUGAGAGGCUCAACUGGUUCGUCGAAGCUAUGCCACCCGGCGCGCCUCAAUAUGCCUUCGCGGCACUCGCAAUUGCCUUGAGCAUUUGGCUCCUACAGCUGGCUAAGUUCUGGAACGAGGACAAGGCAAUCGUCUACAGUGUCGAUCCACCCAAGCUUCCCGAGAAGCAUACAAUCGUCGAGGAGACGAACAUCAAGGUCUCCGGAACCACUGCAAUUCAAUGUUACGCCCCGGCCACUGGCCAGUUCCUCGGCUUCGUCAACCCCUCAACACCUGCUGCGAUAGACCGCGCCGUCGAUGCCGCCCAUGCGGCCCAGGCCAAAUGGAAGCACACCUCCUUCCGCGAGCGCCGCCGCGUUCUGCGUUCCAUGCUCCGGCACGUCCUCGAUAACCAGGAGGCCAUCUGCCGCGCCGCCUGCCUUGAUUCUGGCAAGACCAUGGUUGACGCCCAGUUGGGCGAGAUUCUGGUCACCGUCGAGAAGCUUACAUGGACGCUGAACCACGGCGAGAAGGCGCUCACCUCUGAGCGGAGGCCCACAAACCUCUUGAUGGCGUACAAGCGCAAUGAGGUGCGGUACGAGCCUCUCGGUGUUGUCGGUGCGCUUGUGAGCUGGAACUAUCCUUUCCACAACCUCAUCGGACCCAUCAUCUCCAGCAUCUUUGCGGGUAACGGCGUUUUGGUCAAAGUGUCUGAGCAGACAGCAUGGAGCUCGCAAUACUUCACCAGCAUUGCCAGAGGUGCCCUCGUUGCCCAUGGACAUGAUCCUGCCCUGGUUCAGACCGUGGCGUGCUGGCCCAACAACGCGGAUCACAUCACGUCCCACCCCAAGAUCUCGCACAUCACCUUCAUCGGCUCUCGUCCCGUGUGUCUCAAGGUUGCUGCCUCUGCCGCCAAGUCUCUCACUCCGGUCAUCGCAGAGCUGGGUGGCAAGGAUCCGUCGAUCGUUCUCGACUCUGCUGCAAAGGACUUGAAGCGUAUUGUUGAGAUUCUUAUGCGCGGCACCUUCCAGGCCUCUGGGCAGAACUGCAUUGGCAUCGAACGUAUCAUUGCUACCCCUAAACUCUAUGAACAACUCGUCGCUACUCUCGCCCCCAAAGUCCAAGCCCUCCGCCUCGGCCCCACAGCGGAUGUCGGCGCCAUGGUCUCGGAUGCUUCCUUCACCCGGCUAGAGUCCCUCGUCGACAACGCCGUUAAGCAAGGCGCUCGUCUCCUCGCCGGCGGCAAACGACACGUCCAUCCCGAACACCCCAAGGGCCAUUACUUCACCCCUACUCUCCUCGUCGACGUCACUCCCGACAUGGAAAUUGCCAACGAGGAGUGCUUCGGUCCCGUCAUGACAAUUAUGCGCACGCCUGGUUCUGACGCGGAGUCCAUUCUCUCGGUUGCCAAUGCUCCCGACUUCGGCCUUGGUGCCUCGAUCUUUGGCGGUGACAACGACCCCGUCCUCCGCACCGUUGUCGACGGCCUAAAGACGGGCAUGGUGGCCAUCAACGACUUCGGCGCGACCUAUGCCGUCCAGCUUCCUUUUGGUGGCGUCGGCGGUUCCGGUUACGGACGUUUCGCCGGUGAAGAGGGCCUGCGGGGUCUCUGCAACGUCAAGAGUAUCUGCGCAGACCGCUUCGGCUGGAUGGGUGUCCGCACCGCCAUCCCGCCCCCCGUCAAGUAUCCAGUGCCGGACCAGGAGCGGAGCUGGAGGUUCACGAGGGGCGUCGUCGGCGUGGGAUACGCUAUCGGUCUUGUUGGCAAGAUCAAGGGUCUGUUGGACAUUAUGAAGAAUGCUUGA